AUGUCCUCUCCUAUGAGAGCCUUGAUCGCCUCCGCCAUGUUGGCCAUGGCCAACGCUCAAGGUGUCAUUAUCAAAGCACAAGGCCCCAGCGGCCCAGCCGGUGCUGGCCUCCUAGUCGACCCUACAAAGGCGGACGCCAACAUCAUCAACCUGCAGGAGAUUACCCAAAACGUUGUCAACGAGUGCGGCCGCACCAUCCUCGCUGGCAACAUCGACAUUGGCGAGACGACGGAGAAUCAGCUCGGCAACAAUACCGUCACCCAUGUCACCAAGGGCUCCAAUGUCGACAUCACCAUCGCACAAGUCAGCGCCGACGGUGCCGGCCCCUACACGUGCGACCUGGACCCGACCAGCAACUCCAUCGGAGCCACUGGCCAGACCAAACUUGCCGUCAAGGAGGCCAAGGCGCAGAACGGUAACAUCAAGCUCACGGUCACGAUGCCCAAGGACCUGGCUUGCGUAGGAGCCUCCACCGGAAACGUCUGCACUGUCCGCUGCUUCAACUCAAACGCAAAGGGCCCCUUUGGUGGCUGUAUCGCCGUCCAACAGACCGACGUCAAGCCCAAGAAGAACACCCCUGGAAACAUCGCAACCGCGCAGACGCUCGAUAAUGUUCUUACCCAGGUCCAGCAAAACACCAUCGACCUCCCUGCCGCCAUCCAGGCAAACCAGGACGCCCCCACCCAGAACGACCAGGGAGUUACCGCCGUCAAGGAAAUCCUCGGCAACAACGCCACAUUGAAGGCUGCUGGCCCCGCGGAAGGCGGCAACGGUAACGGCAACGGCAACGCCAACAAGGGCAACGGUAAGGGAGGCAACAGGGGAAACGCCGGCGGCAAGAACAAGGGCGCCGGCAAUGCGCAGGCUGGCGGCAAUGCCCAGGCCCAGCAGAACAACAACGGCAAGGGCAAGGGCAGCGACAACGACAACGACAACAAGGGCAAGGGGGGCAACGACAACGACGGCGACAACAGAAAAAACAAGCGAGAACUCAGGGACACGUUCCGCUCGCGCCGUGCCCGCAGGAACGCCGUUCCCGCCGUCUAA